ACCCGUUUUCUCGCUAAAAACCCCACCACUCACUGUCUCUCUCUCUCUCCUCCAGAACUUGCUGCUUGUCUCUCUCUUCACCAAAAUCGACACAAAACGAGAGAGAGAUGAGUGAAGAAGACAACAGAAGCCGAGAUGAUCGGAAAGCUUCAUCCGCGGCUCCUUCCGGCGGCAACAAAGUGGUGAUUAAAAUCGCUGAUAUGAAAGAAGACAUGCAAUUACAAGCCAUCGACAUUGCUAUCGCUGCGUAUGAGAAGCACGGCGUAGAGAAGGACGUAGCAGAGUACAUUAAGAAGGAGUUUGAUAACAAGUUCGGUCCUACGUGGCAUUGUAUCGUCGGCAAAAACUUUGGUUCAUAUGUCACUCAUGAGACACACCACUUUGUUUACUUUUAUCUGGAUGCAAAAGCAGUGUUGCUGUUCAAAUCUGGCUAAAGGAUGGUGAUAAUUGAAAGGAAAUGCGUCUCAGGUACAUCAAUUAGUAAGUAUGAGAGGAUUAAUUUGGGAUCCCCAAGGGCAAAUGAUUGAUGAAAUGGCGGUGCUAUUUUCAUUUGUAUCCCAAUUGACCUUCUUGCAAUGAAAAUAUCUGAGGAGACGAUCAUGUUGUAUAUUAAUUUUGACAAAGGGUUUAGAACUUCACAUCGAUCUUCAGUAAUAGUAUUGUAUAUAUAUAUUUUUUGAGCA